UCAAGAAUUGACAAAAAGAAUGUGAAGAUCUAAGACUGGCUGUUUCCGCUUGCUUCACAUCUCUCUCCGAUCAAAGAUUCGGUCAAGGAAAAACCAAAUCCUCAGAUAAUCUCUGUUGAAGGAGAAGAAUACGACGACGAGGAGAAGACGUAAAGUGACUGUUCGUCGAAAUGGCCGCCGGGGGAUUCGUGACCCGUGCAUUCGAAGAGAUGCUCAAGGAAUGCGCGAGCAAGAAGUAUCCCGAUCUCAUGAAAGCUAUUCAAUCUUAUCAAGAGGGUCCUAAGGCUGUUACUCAAGCUGCAACGUCGGCCGGGGAUGGGAGCUCACAAGCUGAAGGCGGCACUGAAUUAACCGGGGGAGAAGGAGAUGAACGACAGAAAGGUGUUCAGAGUUCUAAAGUUGUUGAGCAGUCAGGCCAGCAAGGAAGUGGAACUAUCACUAUCUCCUUAGCAAGUGCAGGGCACACAUUAGAUGGAGCUGAAGUGGAUCUUGUUCUGAAACCUCUUCGCCUUGCAUUUGAGACUAAGAAUUUGAAAAUUCUAAAUGCUGCUUUGGAUUGUAUUCAUAAACUCAUUGCAUAUGAUCAUCUAGAGGGGGAUCCUGGUCUGGAAGGGGGCAAAAACUCUGCACCUUUUACAGAUGUCCUGAACAUGGUAUGCGGUUGCAUUGACAAUUCAUCUCCAGACAGUACUGUACUUCAAGUGCUGAAGGUUCUUCUUACAGCUGUUGCUUCAGCAAAGUUUAGAGUGCAUGGCGAACCAUUGCUGGGAGUUAUCCGAGUUUGCUAUAACAUUGCUCUGAACAGCAAGAGCCCAAUAAACCAAGCAACUUCGAAAGCAAUGUUAUCUCAGAUGAUAAGCAUUGUAUUCAGAAGAAUGGAGACAGACAUUGUCUCUGAUUCAUCCUCCACGUCUGCUCAAGAACCUGUUUCCAUUGACAGUUCGAGCUCAAAAAUUGAAGAAAUUUCUUUCACUGACCAAAAUGAGAAAGAAAUGACUAUAGGAGAUGCUCCUGAUCAGGCCAAUGACACAACUUUUGCUUCUGUUGAAGAUUUGCAUACCCUUAUAGGUGGAGCUGACAUUAAGGGUUUAGAAGCUGUACUUGAUAAAGCUGUGCAUAUUGAAGAUGGAGAAAAGAUAAAACGGGGCAUUGACCUUGAGAGCAUGAACAUUGGACAGCGUGAUACAUUACUAGUAUUCCGCACCCUUUGCAAGAUGGGUAUGAAGGAAGAUAGUGAUGAAGUUACAACCAAGACCCGUAUAUUGUCUCUAGAGCUUCUUCAGGGUUUGCUAGAAGGAGUCAGUCAUUCGUUUACGAAGAACUUUCACUUUAUUGAUUCGGUGAAAGCCUAUCUUUCGUAUGCUUUGUUGCGGGCUUCUGUCUCUCAAUCUCCUGUCAUAUUUCAGUAUGCAUCUGGUAUCUUCUCAGUGCUGUUACUGCGAUUUAGAGAUAGUCUGAAAGGUGAAAUUGGAAUCUUUUUCCCCAUCAUUGUCCUGCGAUCAUUAGAUAGCUCUGAAUGUCCCAUUGACCAGAAGACGGGAGUCCUCAGGAUGCUUGAGAAAGUCUGUAAAGAUUCUCAGUUGCUUGUCGAUGUAUAUGUAAAUUAUGAUUGUGAUUUGGAGGCACCGAACUUGUUUGAGCGCAUGGUAACAACACUCGCAAAAAUUGCACAAGGCACUCAAAGUACUGAUCCAAAUCCAGCUAUUGCUUCGCAGACAGCUUCGGUCAAAGUUUCAUCCCUGCAGUGCCUUGUCAAUGUUCUUAAAUCCCUGGUUGACUGGGGGAAGUCGAGGAGAGAGGAAGAAAAUAAAUCGAGACAUGCAAAAGAAGACACCGGUUCAUCUGGGGAACCGACUGAAACCAAAAGCAGGAACGAUGUCCCAAGCAAUUUUGAGAAGGCCAAGGCUCAUAAGUCCACAAUCGAAGCUGCCAUCUCUGAGUUCAACAGGAAUUCAGUGAAGGGUGUGGAGUACCUCAUAGCAAACAAGUUAGUUGAAAGGGAUCCUACUUCAGUUGCCCAGUUUCUGAGAGAUACAUCAAGUCUGGACAAGGUUAUGAUGGGAGAUUAUCUGGGCCAACACGACGAGUUUUCACUUGCUGUCAUGCAUACUUAUGUUGACUCAAUGAGUUUUUCAGGGAUGAAGUUUGAUACUGCCAUUCGUGAAUUUCUUCAAGGUUUUAGACUUCCAGGGGAAGCUCAAAAAAUUGAUCGCAUUAUGGAAAAGUUUGCAGAGCGAUAUUGUGCAGACAAUCCAGGUCUUUUCAGGAAUGCAGAUACUGCUUAUGUGCUAGCAUACGCAGUUAUUAUGUUGAAUACGGAUGCACAUAAUCCAAUGGUCUGGCCUAAAAUGUCAAAAUCAGAUUUUAUUCGUAUGAAUGUUACAAAUGAUCCUGAAGAUUGCACCCCAACUGAACUUCUAGAAGAGAUCUAUGAUUCCAUUGUAAAGGAAGAAAUUAAGUUGAAAGAUGAUGGUAUCAAGACAUACAGCAGCCAAAGGCCAGGAGGAGAAGAAAGAGUUGGUCUUGUUGGCAUUCUUAAUCUGGCUUUGCCAAAAAGUAAAUCAGCAGCCGAUGCUAAGUCUGAGACAGAGGAUAUAGUUAGGAAAACACAGGAAAUUUUCCGGAAGCAGGGAGUGAAAAGAGGAGUCUUCCACACUGUAGAUCAGGUCGAAGUUAUAAGGCCAUUGGUAGAAGCUGUUGGGUGGCCUCUGCUAGCAACUUUCUCUGUUACAAUGGAGGUAGGUGAUAACAAACCAAGAAUCCUUCUCUGCAUGGAGGGAUUUAAAGCUGGGAUUCAUAUCACUUAUGUUCUUGGAAUGGACACGAUGCGCUAUGCUUUUCUAACAUCGCUUGUCAGAUUUACUUUCUUGCAUGCGCCAAAACAAAUGCAUAGCAAAAAUGUUGAAGCAUUGCGGACAUUGCUUGCUUUAUGUGAUGUGGAGCCUGAUACCCUUCAAGACACUUGGAAUGCUGUCUUAGAAUGUGUUUCACGGCUUGAAUACAUCAUUUCAACUCCGGGCAUUUCUGCAACAGUUAUGCAUGGAUCAAAUCAGAUCUCUAGGGAUGGUGUUGUUCAAUCGUUGAAGGAAUUAGUUGGGAAACCAGCUGAACAAGUUUUUGUUAACAGUAUUAAGCUGCCCAGCGACUCAGUUGUGGAGUUUUUUACUGCUCUUUGCGGUGUUUCAGCUGAAGAACUAAAACAGUCUCCUGCCCGUGUUUACAGCUUGCAAAAGCUUGUCGAGAUCAGCUAUUACAAUACGGCUCGUAUUCGGAUGGUUUGGGCAAGAAUUUGGUCUGUACUUGCAAAACAUUUCAUUUCUGCUGGUAACCAUCACGAUGAAAAGAUUGCAAUGUAUGCCAUAGAUUCGCUGAGACAGCUUGGUAUGAAGUAUCUGGAACGUGCCGAGCUCACCAAUUUCACUUUCCAAAAUGACAUUCUCAAGCCAUUUGUCAUUAUCAUGCGGACAACUCGAAGUGAGACUAUAAGGAGCCUGAUUGUUGACUGCAUUGUUCAAAUGAUAAAAUCUAAAGCUGGUAGUAUUAAAUCUGGAUGGCAGAGUGUCUUUAUGAUAUUCACUGCAGCGGCAGAUGAUGAAGUUGAAUCAAUUGUUGAAAAAUCAUUCGAGAAUGUUGAACAAGUUAUUCUGGAACACUUCGACCAGGUGAUUGGUGAUUGUUUCAUGGACUGUGUUAACUGUCUCAUCAGGUUUGGCAAUAACAAAGCUUCUCAUGCAAUAAGCUUGAAGGCUAUUGCUCUUCUCAGAAUAUGUGAGGAUCGGCUUGCAGAGGGACUUAUACCUGGUGGUACGCUCAUGCCAAAAAAUGCCAAUGCAGAUGAAACUUUUGAUGUGACAGAACAUUACUGGUUCCCCAUGCUAGCCGGUUUAUCCGAUCUUACAUCAGACUUACGGCUCGAAGUUAGAAACUGUGCCCUCGAGGUGUUGUUUGAUUUGCUGAAUGAAAGAGGCAAAAAGUUCUCGAACGCCUUUUGGGAGAGUAUCUUCCAUCGUAUCUUGUUUCCGAUUUUUGAUCAUGUGAGGCACGCUGGCAAGGAGAGUUUGAUAUCUUCUGGGGAUCUAUUAUUUCGGGAAACAAGCAUUCAUUCGCUCCAGCUCCUGUGCAAUCUUUUCAAUACAUUUUACAAGGAAGUUUGUUUUAUGCUGCCUCCCCUUUUGAGUUUGCUGUUGGACUGUGCGAAGAAAUCGGAUCAGACAGUUGUUUCAAUUGCUUUAGGUGCAUUGGUCCAUCUCAUAGAAGUUGGAGGACACCAAUUUAGUGAGAGUGAUUGGGACAUGCUCUUGAAAAGCAUAAGAGACGUAUCGUACACAACUCAACCGGUGGAGCUGUUGAAUGCUUUGAGCUUUGACAGUACAAAAAAGAAUAUUGUCCUAACGGGAAAUAUAGAAGCUGAUGCUUCUGAUGUCUCGAUUGACAGUCAUCCACGUGACAGCAAAGAUAAUGGAAAUGUUUCCAAACAGGGUGGCACUUCCCUACUGUCUGGGUUACAGCCCAAUUCUGACGGUUCUGAAGGUCUUCCAUCUCCAUCUGGCAAGGCUCAAAAGGAUGCGGAAGCAGGGAAUGUCCAACAGAGUCAGACUUUCGGUCAAAGAAUCAUGGGCAAUCUCUUUCUCAGGAAUCUCUCGUCUAAACAAAAAACCCCGACUGCGGAUUUAUCUGUACCUUCCUCUCCUGCCAAGCUUGUGGAUUCUACUGAGCCUGAUGACAGAGAGGAAGAGGAGAAUCCAUCACUGGGAAUUAUUAGGGGCAAAUGCAUAACACAGUUAUUACUACUUGGUGCUAUAGAUAGCAUCCAGAAAAAAUACUGGAGCAACUUGAAAGCACCGCAGAAGAUUGCCAUCAUGGACAUCUUAUUUUCUUUCAUAAAAUUUGCUGCCACUUAUAAUUCAUAUGCUAACCUCCGAAUACGUGUGAAUCAAAUUCCUGAUGAGAGGCCACCUUUGAACCUUCUCCGGCAAGAGCUGGCAGGAACCACCAUAUACUUUGAUGUCUUGCAAAAGACAACCUCGAGGAUUGCUGAUGUCGUCUCUGAUGCAGAAGAUCAACUAAGUGGUUUAGCAGAAGAAAAAUUAGUGGCAUUCUGUGAACAGGUACUGAAAGAAACAUCAGAUCUCCAGUCCACUUUAGGGGAGACCACAAAUAUGGAUGUUCAUCGGGUACUGGAGCUGCGUUCUCCCGUGAUUGUCAAGGUUCUCAAAGGCAUGUGCUUCAUGGAUAACAGAAUUUUCAGAAAACACAUGAGAGAGCUGUACCCUCUGCUUACAGAUCUUGUGUGUUGUGAACAGAUGGGCAUCCGAGGUGCACUUGCCGACCUUUUCAAAGCACAAUUGAAGCCAAUGUUGCAUUAGCAAAUCUUUCUCAGUUGGAAAUUUACGAGAGUCGGCUCUCGAAUUGCCGUAUAACAGGUCCCGUUCUUUUCCAUAUCGGUUUCUUCGGCCUAUAGUAUGUUCAUCCUUCCGAUACAGGAAUCAGUUUGUGACAUGAGAUUGUUUUCCCUCGUCGUAUGGGAUGCGAGUUGAGAACUGAAAACCUCAAUUUUGGACGGAAUUUUGUGGCCCUUGAAUGAGAGAGCUAUCUAUGUAUUGGCCGAUCGGCGAAUGUAACAUCAAAUACCCAAUUGGUUUUAAAAAAUGAAAACUUUGGUGAUUAAAAGUUUCAGAAAUAUUAUUGGAUGCUUUCGUGAAAAUCA